AUGCACUUCUUAAGCCUUGCUAUAAUUUCCUAUGUCCUCUCCUCAGUCUUUGCCGCUCCUAUGGCCACCUCACCAGCUACUACAACUGUGCAACUCGCCAAUGAUCAGACUGGUGCAAAUGCCAAUGUCGCGGUCCCUGUUGAUGGCAGUACAUACCUCGUUAAAGACCUUUGGGGCAGCAGCUCUGUCGCAUCUGGCGGUGUAGUUUUUGCUUCAAGUGCUCAGCUUGUUGCUUUUGGAACAAACACUAUCUGCACUUUCACUGAUAAGCCAUCUCUGCAAGUAUCAUUAGAUACUAAGAAGACUUCGGCUUCGUUUAGUCCUACAUACUUCUCAAGCCUGUCUACAGUUUCCUGUGUCUCAUCCUCAGUCUCUACCACUUCCAAGGCUCACUCCCCAACUGACGCUACUGUUCAACUCUCCAAUGAUCAGACUGGUGCAAAUGCCAAUAUAAACAUCCCUGUUGAUGGCCAGAAAUAUGCCGUCCAAGAACUCUGGGGCAGCAGCGCUCUCGCACCUAAAGGUCUGGUUUUCGCCUCAAGCGCUCAGCUUGUUGCUUUUGGACAAAACACCGUCUGCACUUUCACUAGAGACUCAGAGACGCUUCUGUUGAAUGCUCAGACGACUUGGGGUUCGUUCGGUUCUGUGAUGGAUUUGUGUGGUGCUGAAAUAUCUUGUAAAUCCAAGUGA